CGGGGUUAAAUCAAAAUGGCGACCAGUGGAGUCAAUGAAGUUUUCGAAAGUCUUCCAAAUUUCCGUCAAGCAGGAGGUCGUGGACUGACCAACAAGAGAGGACAGCAAGUAAAAGAUGGACUCCUUUAUCGCUCCGCCAAGACAGACUACGUCACGGCCAAGGACAAGUCGUUAUUCCUCCAGUUGGGGAUAAAGUCAAUCAUUGACAUCAGAGGAGAGAAAGAAUACAGAAAACUGACCUCCAGACCACUCGACAACCUCUACACACCUACUGUAAUCACAGACAAUAAAACCAGUGAUCUCACGGAACACAAGGACACCUCUGUAGGUCGACGAUACCUCUUUGACGUAUUUAGUAAAGAACUAAUACGACACAUAGGAAACCAGGUCAAUAUCAUCAUUACGAUACUUGCUGUAAUGUUUCUACUACCCAUCGACAAGAUAUUUGGUACACACUUCUUCCCGAGACUAUACAGUCGAUUGGUUAUUCGGCAUCAAUCGCUUUACCAGCAAUACAUGGACUAUCUCGAAUAUAGCAAGCCUGUAUUUAGCGGUAUGUUAAAACUGUUGCUCUCGCAUGAAGAGAACCUACCAGUAUUGAUACACUGUGUGUAUGGUAAGGAUAGGACUGGAGUCCUAGUGGCUCUUAUACUGGACUGCAUUGGAGUAGAGAGAGAGACCAUUGCUAUGGACUAUGCUUCCUCUGAAGAUGGAUUGGUGUCAAUGAGAAAUGAGAUGUAUGAUGAUCUCAUUGUCAAUUGGGGCAUGGCAGAGCACAGUUGCCAGGCUAAAGCUGAUACAAUGCUUAAAGUACUUAAUGAAAUAGACAAAAGAUAUGGUAGUACCAGUCAAUAUCUGGAAUCCAUUGGGUUUACUCUUGAAGAUCAAGAAUCAUUGAAAUCAAUACUUCUUCAUUAGCACAGAACAGGUCUUCAUUAUGUGACAUUAACUUUUAUCUUAUAGUUUUUUGUGAUAGAGGCAUUGUGUCCUCAUUCAUUUUUAUCUUUUUACUUUUUGUCCCUGACAAGUUGAGCUUUUUUUAACAAGUACUUUGUCAGGAGUAGACUGACAAAAUACACAUUUUGUAGCACAA